AUGAAAGAGAAGGAUCUUCUUUACCAUGCAAUACUUUCUCGUAGUUUUAGCAAAAACGAGCAGAAGAGACUUGGUUAUGGAGCUUUCAUUGCCUCUCUUUUCUUCGUCUUCACUCUUUGCACCGUCUUUAAAUCCUAUCUCAGCCCCUUACCAACCGGCAAGUCCCUUUACAGCGUUUUGAAAACGCAGAAACAAAAAUUAACUAACGUUUUUUUUUUCUUUCUUAGUUCAGUGAAUAUGCAAUUAUCAGUGGAUACUGGUCUAAGGAUGCUGAGAGUAACAGAAACGCAUAAACCGCAAGCGUUUAAGAGCAACUAUAACAUUACAUCAAAUGCAACAAAUACGAAGAGCUUAACCAGUUCUGAAGAUGACAAGCUUAGUGUUUGCAGCGACACAAGUUUGCCCAAGAAUCAUCUUGAUUCGUUUAACUGUACUACACCCACUUCAAUCUCCAAUGAAGAAUCUGUUUCAGACGGUAAUGAAACGAUAAAAUGUAAGAAGCAAUCAAGAACAGAGAUAUGCGAAUUAAACGGCGACGUAAGGGUCCACGGUAAAUCCGCGACGAUUUUAACCACGAUCACGUCUGCGUUUUCCGGAAACUCCACGUGGCAAAUGAGACCUUACGCGCGAAAAGGUGACCUUGUGGCCAUGAGUCGCGUUAGAGAAUGGACGGUGAAAUUAACACAAAACGCUGAUCAGUUAGAGAACGCCAAUUUUUCAUCGCGUUGCGUUAGGAAUCACAGCGUUCCUGCGAUUGUUUUCUCUCUCGGAGGUUACUCGAUGAACAACUUCCACGACUACACCGACAUCGUGGUUCCUCUUUUCACGACGGCGCGUAGAUUCAACGGCGAAGUCCAGUUCCUCGUGACGAACAAGAACCAACCGUGGAUCAACAAAUUCAAGGAGAUACUGAAGAGUCUCUCGAAUUACGAUCCGAUUUACAUCGACGGAGAAGAUGAAACGCAUUGUUUCACCACCGUCAUCGUCGGUCUCAAACGCCAUCCAGAGUACUUCAAAGAGCUGACGAUUGAUCCUUCCUAUUCGGAAUAUUCCAUGUCCGAUUUCCGGAGGUUCCUAAGAGACGCAUACUCGCUGAGAAACGCCGCCGUGAGCACCGGAGAGAGUCCGCCGCGAAAGCCACGGAUCCUGAUUUUAUCGAGAGCUAGGUCACGAUCGUUCACGAACACGGAGGAGAUCGCGAACGCGGCGGGAGGAAUCGGAUUCGAAGUCGUGGUGGCGGAAGCGAACACAGGAGUCGCGAGAUUCGCGGAGACGGUGAACUCGUGCGACGUGAUGCUCGGCGUUCACGGCGCGGGGCUUACGAACAUGGUGUUCUUGCCGGAGAACGCGGUGGUGAUUCAGAUUCUUCCGAUCGGUGGAUAUGAGUGGCUGGCGGAUACGUAUUUUGGGAGGCCGGCGAAGGGGAUGAAUAUGAGGUAUUUGGAGUAUAAGAUUAAGGCGGAGGAGAGCUCGCUUGCGCAGCAGUACGGACGCGAUCACGAGGUCGUUAGGUAUCCAUCGGCGGUUGCGAGACGCGGGUGGACGGCGUUUAAGUCGACCUAUUUGGUAGGGCAGAACGUGACCGUUGAUAUAAACCGGUUCAUGCCGGUUCUUGCCAAAGCUUUUGAGUUAUUGCAGAGACAGUCGGUGUAAAAUAGAUAUUUACUGCAUUCUUACUCUAAAUUCUUGUAGCCGUAUUGGAAUAAAUAUCAUCAAACAUUAUAAUUUAG